GAUAAGCCAGUACGUUGGGAGGAAGAGAACUGUAGGAUGUACAUUCAUAUGAAUUUCACUGCAAAGACCAAAGUUUCUGAUGAUAAUAUGUUCUUUACUGAAAUCACACAUGGGACCGGAAAAGGUGGUGAAUUAACGGUGAACUGUUGCUGCAUUGUCAAACAUCUUGAUAAUGGUCCCUGCCUUGGUUGUGAAACUUCUGUGAAGCACCCUAAUGAUGGUAAUGCAUAUACUGGUGGUCGCAUGAAUGCCACAUAUAGCCAACCAUUCGGUCCUAGUUGGUGCCGCGACUACAAUGAAGACUCUGAUGAAGAGGUGGAAAGACUGAGGUUUCUGUUUGGGGGAGCUCCAGCCACUGCCGGCGUACCACUUGAGGUUUAGGCAAACUUUGAUUGGCACUUCUGGCCAAUAAAGUUGACAUCGUGGGUCAUGCGCUGAAGAGAAGCAGGCCGUGUGGUGGGAGACUACAGAAGAGAAUUAAGGGGAAGUACAGUGGUUUCACGGUCCUGUUACCUGC